AUGUCACCAAACCGAAACCCGAACCUGUUCGCCACCCAAGAGUGGGAACGACUCCGCACCCAAGGCGGCUGGCGACAGGCAGUAGCGAACGGCUACGACCUGGUUGCAGCUUGGCGCCAGUUCAAGCCGCAGAACGGCGGCAACCAAGGAGGUGGCCAGGGUGGCGGCUAUAACGGCGGCGGUAGAGGAGGCUUCCGCGGGCGAGGUCGCGGCAACGGACGCGGCGGAUACGGCAACCGAAACGGAGGUGGCUGGCGCGCCAACAAUAACGGUGGCGGCGGCGCCCAAAACAACGGUGGGUGCGGCGCGAACGGCGCUGGCCAGGGGCAGCAAAACGAGCAAGCCCCGCAGCAGAACAUGAACCAGGGAAACGGCCAAGAUCAGUAG